UUGUCCUGUUGCUUUGUCUCUGGCUCCCUCUGCCUCUGGAAGAGUAGCCACAGGACACAAAGAUGCCCAGCUGGUCACUGCACGCCCAAGUUCAGUUUAGCUGGUGCUUCUCUCCUGUUUAGCCUGCUUUCUCUGAAGGGGAGGACUCAUAGCCCGACAGCUUUUUAGUUUAACCUGAAGAGUGUGUGCCGCCUCUCUCUGCCCACCCCAAGAACUCGCUGGAGGUGGAGGAGAAGGGAGAAAAGAGGAGGACUUGAAAGUGCCUGAGGAGCUCCCGAUGCUAAGAGGAGACAAACAUUCCUGUGGACGACGCAGAAAGGACAAAGCUGACUGAUUUAUUGCUGUUUUCCUUUUUUUUUUUUUUUUUUUUUUUUUCUUCUUCUUUAUCUCCCUGUCCUUUGGCGCACACCAGUGUUUGGAGAUCUUUGAAAACACAAACCAAAACACCAGCCCCGAAGCCCCAACCCCUUGGCUAGCUCUUAUGGGAAUGAAACACUCCUCCCGCUGCCUGCUCCUAAGGAGGAAAAUGGCGGAGAACGCUGCCGACAGCACCGAGGUUUGCACCAUUCCAUCCCAGCCUCCACAGCCUACUGUUGUUCCAAAGCCAGUGCAAUCUGUCAUACAUGCUCCAUUGCAACCAAGCUGCCCGGGCCGAGGCAAGAUGGCAAAGCUCAUCAAUCCAGAAGAGAUGACAUCCAGGGAUUAUUACUUUGAUUCCUAUGCUCACUUUGGAAUUCAUGAGGAAAUGUUAAAAGAUGAAGUGCGCACAUUAACUUAUAGAAACUCAAUGUAUCACAAUAAACAUGUUUUUAAAGAUAAGAUUGUCCUUGAUGUUGGAAGUGGUACGGGAAUCCUCUCCAUGUUUGCUGCAAAGGCAGGAGCCAAGAAGGUAUACGGGAUUGAAUGCUCAAGUAUAUCUGACUACUCAGAAAAAAUUAUCAAGGCCAACCACUUGGACAACAUAAUCACAAUAUUUAAAGGUAAAGUGGAAGAAGUUGAAUUACCUGUGGAUCAAGUAGACAUCAUCAUCAGCGAGUGGAUGGGUUACUGUCUGUUCUAUGAGUCAAUGUUAAACACAGUCAUCUUCGCACGAGACAAGUGGCUGAAACCUGGAGGGCUAAUGUUUCCAGACCGAGCUGCUUUGUACGUGGUAGCAAUUGAAGACAGACAGUACAAGGACUUCAAAAUUCACUGGUGGGAGAAUGUGUACGGCUUUGACAUGACCUGUAUUAGGGAUGUUGCCAUGAAGGAGCCCUUGGUGGACAUAGUAGAUCCAAAGCAAGUGGUGACCAACGCCUGCUUAAUAAAGGAAGUAGAUAUUUAUACAGUGAAGACAGAAGAAUUGGAAUUUACUUCUGCAUUCUGCCUCCAAAUUCAACGCAAUGAUUACAUUCAUGCCUUGGUCACCUAUUUUAAUAUUGAAUUUACAAAGUGCCACAAGAAGAUGGGAUUUUCUACAGCACCUGAUGCUCCUUAUACUCACUGGAAGCAAACUGUCUUCUACUUGGAGGACUAUUUAACUGUGAGACGAGGAGAAGAAAUCUAUGGGACUAUAUCCAUGAAACCAAAUGCAAAAAAUGUGCGUGACCUGGAUUUCACAGUAGACUUGGAUUUUAAAGGACAGCUAUGUGAAAUGUCAGUAUCUAAUGACUACAAAAUGCGUUAGCAAGAAACCUUUCAGAGAGAUGAAAAGGAGAAUUUUAUCAAGUCUUGAACUGCUGAGCUUCAAGCUAGGAACAACUGUUCACAAGAUUAUUAUAUUAAGUACUAGAAUGUUUACUCUGAUGGAGGGUGGUAACCUGAUCUUUCUUGCAGAUAGUACAGGGGGCUGGGAUCCCACUGUGAAUGUACAGUAUACAGAACUGUAGCUUUUGUUAAACAUAGGAAAAAAAAAUAAGCAACAGUCUUGAGUGUUCUGGUUAACUUUAGGAUGGCAAAAGAUGCAUAUACAAAUUGUAUUACUUACUGUGAAUUUCUGGUUCUUCCAAGCUUUGCAUGUUAAAGAUGAUUAGGGCAGUUUUCUCACUAUGAAAGACAACUACAGCACAUUACUGUGAUAGUAUAACUGGACUUAUAUUCAAUAUAAAUGAAUAUAUAUAUUGUACAUGAGGAAAAAAAAAAAGUCAUUUCAUAAUAGGAAUUUGUUUUGUGAUUAUUUAAUUCUCAUUAAGCAGUUUUGGAAAGAUGAUGAUGUUACUUCUGGCACUACUAUAGGCAGUGAUAUAUUCCAUUAACUGUCCAAUGUUAUAGCUGUGGUAAAUAUUCCAUGCAAAGUGUAGAUAAGAGCUGGGCAUUUACAGGAAGUUCAACAACUAUAUUUUUGAAUGUCCUCUGAAAAUGUGGACCAUUAGUUUUGAAAUUCACCUUCACAACUGGAUGUCUGUCAGAGCUUUAAAAAACAUUAGCUUUUUAUCCUUGAAAAUAUUCUGUGAUGAGUUUUUAUAGCUGGAUUUUGCAUGAGACUUUCAGAAAUCAGACACCUAGUAUUUAAAUGUGAUGAAUGCAAAGUCUCUGAAAUGGUGGAUAAUUCAUGCUUCUUGGCCAUGCCAUAUUUCAGUUCUUUGCAAAAUUCUUAAUACAAAAUAAUUUUAAAAAAAUAGGAAUUAGUGUUACCUUUUGGUGAUGUUUUAGAUAAGUUUUAAAUUGCAAAUACCAUUCUCAAGAGUGCAGUAAUUUGCAGGAGCAAGUUAAUGUCUUUAAAAAAAAAGUCGAUGGCUUCUGAUAUUACUAAGAUGUCUGUAGCUUUCCCGUCCCCUUGAGUCCCUUGUUUUUCGUACAAAAUCUCCUGCUUAUUGUUAAAAUAUUGAGUGCUUAUAAUUCCUCAUAUGUAUGUAUCAGGUCCUUUUACUAUACGAAUGUGAGCCGUUUAAUCACAUGUAAUUCAUCAACAACUGCAUCACCAGUCCUAUCUACUCAUUUUCCAGUCCGUCUGGCAUUAGGCACUAAAUCAUGUUCUAUCUUGUACUGGAUAAGAUUGACUAGUUUUUUGCCUAAAAAUAUUUUUAAUCACCUGCAAAUAAAGCAUACUUGACGAUGUAUUUUGCCAGUAUUUGUCAACGUCUCGCUUUUUAGAAACCUAUUUCUAUUGAUUUUCCCUCCACAGAACCUGUACAGUGCCUCCAUUUUCUUAUGGUCUAAAGAAUAUGGUCAAGGGAUUCUAUUGAAUGGUAUCUAUGCAGAGUGAAAUUAAACUGUAAUUCAGCAGUAAA